CUUUAUUUUGUGGAUUUUAAAGCAGCCCUUGAAAGUAACCCACCGGUAUUAAACAGUACUUUGGGAUUUUUUAACAUCACGAAAUCUCCAAUAAUAGCCGAUAUAUUAGGAGGAAACAAAGUCACACGGGGAAAGGGAAGUGUCAUCACUUUGGAUGCUUCAGCAUCUAGGGACCCAGACGUGGAGCCUGGUAACUACACCUCCAUGCAGUUCACGUGGCUAUGUAAAAGACGAGAAGAAACUUUUCCCACCGGCCCUCUGGAUUCGGUUCCAGUAAUUACAGCGUCCUCGGGCCCCGGAGGAGGCGGUUGUUUUGGGACGGGUGUUGGAAAACUAGCUUCUAAUUUAACUGUGGUGACGUUAGAAACAUCUCUAAUGACUGUAGAUAGGUCUUAUGACGUCAAACUUGUAGUAACCAAGGAUGACCGAAAGGACGAAUUCGUACAAGAAAUCAAGAUUGUCAGCGGUAACCCGCCGAACGUAAUAAUCAGGUGCCUCAUCAACUGUGAUAAGAUUGCAAGUGAGUCGACGCGAAUCAGUUUGACCACCGAGUGCACUGGGGAUCCUUGUGAAAGAGCAAAAUACCACUGGAAGUUAAACGUUGUUCACUUUGGUGGCGUUGAGGUCAAUGACAAGCAACUGACUGACAAA